AUGACUAACACACAUGCCGAUAGUAUAGCUAUAUUUGAUUUCGACUGGUCACUUAUUGAACAGGACAGUGAUUAUUGGACCAUUUACAGUCUUUCGCCCGAGAUAUGGCAAGAAGUGUGUGACAAGAGACAUGAUUACCAAUGGACAGACUUGAUGGAUCAUGCUCUGUGUAGAUUGCAAGAGAUUGGAUUUACGGUGGAUGACAUGGCCAAUGCAUUAAAGGAGAUACCUUUCACAAAAGAAAUGCGCAAUGUGCUGCUUGAUCUGAAAUCAAGAAAUGUGCCUGUCAUUUUGCUGUCAGAUGCCAAUACAUUCUACAUCGACACCAUUCUCAAUGCAUAUGGCGUCAAGGACUGCGUGACAGAAAUCAUUACCAAUCCAAGCUACAACGACGAGCAAGGGAGAUUGAGAGUUCAGCGCCAUAUAUCAGCUUCUGCACCACAGCACCACUGCCAGAACCCAUGCUCACUCAACAUCUGCAAAGGAAUGGAACUGGAUCAAAUCAUUGAGCGCUACGGAGGCGCCGAUUCGCUCAAGAAGAUUGCCUAUACAGGUGAUGGAAAGAACGAUUUCUGCCCUGCCACUCGCCUGAGAAAGACGGAUGCCUUUUUCAUGCGUCAGGAGAAAGGCUUGGAUCGUCAUUUUUCUCUGGUGCCUUCGGAUAAGCAGAGAAUUGCCUCGCAAUUUGUUUACUGGGUCAAGCCCGAAACUGUUUGGGAGUCCAUGCCAAAAUACUUUGCUACUACAACCUCUGUGUAG